CUGAAUAUCGUUUAUCGUUACAUAUUCAUUUUUUGCGAGUACUUAAUUAGCAUCGUAGUAUUAUUUUUCAGUACGCAAUGUAAGGAUGUAAAACAAACACCGCUGUUAUUUAAGUACCACUUAUUGUUUAAGUACGAAGCAGUCAAUACAGUGAUUGUUUGCUAUACAACAGUAUAUGCACUUACAUAAAUGCUGUGCACGAGAUAGCAGGUAAAAGGCCAAUGCUUUUAGCGAACAGAAGAAUAAAGUUUCAUUGACCACUCAAGAUUCACGUGGAGACUCCAUCAACGUAUCUUUUAUAUCUAGCGCUAAAAUCAAAGGUAUGCUAACAAUUCAAUUUGGACAAUGUGGAAAUCAACUGGGGCAAUCGCUGUUCAGUCAACUGUCCGACGAUUUAAAUGCCAAGGACACUGCUAUCUCGAAGCAAGACAACAGUACUUACACAGAGCAGAGCUUCCAGAAAUGGUUUACUGGGCUAAACAAAGAUGGAAAGCGCCUUGCCAGAGCGAUAUUACUUGAUACCGAGCACAAGGUCAUCAAUAGUAUUCGUAGAGAUACCAAAGAUCACUGGGCCUACAACUCGCAGAAUUUUAUUUACCAAUCUGCAGGAGGUUCAGCCAAUAAUUGGGCCUUUGGCUCAUUAGUCAAGGGACCGCAACUUAAGGAUAACAUUUUAGAAUACAGUAGAAGAGAAAUCGAGAAAAACGACUCCUUUGAUGGAAUCUUACUUCUGUUGAGCUCAGCUGGAGGAACAGGGUCUGGCGUCGGCAGCUACACUGUCGAUCUACUGAGGAACGAGUUUCCCAAUAAGACGAUCGUAGGCUCGAUCGUGCUGCCGUUUACGUCGGGAGAAGUUGGGGUGCAAAAUUACAACACAAUGCUGACAAUUGCCAGAUUCAACGAAACUGCUGACUUGACCCUUUUGUUCCAAAACGAGCACGUUCACAGCAUUUGCACAAAGGAUUUGAAAAACACCGAUACCAAAUUGAUGGACAUGAACGACGUGAUAUCGAGGAAGUUGUGCUCUGUCUUUCAGCCUGUAAACGAUGUCUGGUGCAAUGCGAAUUACUUGACUUCAACGGUAGCUUGCCACCCGAGCUACAAAAUCGCGACUAUCGAAAGCACUCCGUACGUACCACCCAGAGUCAGUGAGUUUGAGUCAGCCUACAGCUGGGGACUGUACGUAAAACAUCUGAAGCAAUCUCUGCGAUGCCCAGCGAUCGGAAAGACAGACGUGAAACCCGUGACCUUAAAAUCGGGUCAGUCGUAUUACAAAUCGGUAACCAACGUUUUGGUAUCGCGAGGCAAAUUCACCAAAAACGAUCCCUUGACCUGUGACGAGUUUAAAAACAAGGCCAUGUACGUCGACUGGCUGGGCUCGUCCGACCAGCUGACGUGUUUAAAUCAGCAGAGAAGGCUUGUGAAUCACGAAAAGUUUCUAGCUCUCGUAACAAACAAUGCCAAGGUCUCUCAGACUUUAGAUGGUAUCGUGACCAAGGCAUGGAAUACUUAUGUACACGGGGCCUUUUUACACCAGUACAAAAAGUUUGGACUCGAGGAAGAUGAUUUUUUGGAGGCCUUUGGUAAGGUUGAGAACGUGAUAAAAAACUAUAAGAACUUGUGAAGUUUUGUCCCCCCAUAUACGUAUUUGUAUAAAAGAAUAAGCAAACAAGUGAUGUAAUUGAAAUGAUAUUACCAAGUGCCAUUUAUUCAAUAUUGAGUAUUUUUGUAACGAAUUUGCCAACAAUUGCGAUAUUUAUAUUACGCGAAAUAAAUACUAUUUUUUUCUAGUCAUUUUGAAAAUUGUCAAUAAGGUAGAAUCAGCCAUACACUUUUUUACACUACAGAUGACUCUGGUAGCUCUCUUUUCGCCUCUUGCAAUUUCCACUCGU